AGAUUCAGACAAGGCAGUGCGCCAAAUCACCAAGGAACCGAGCGUACAGUCUAGCCUUCUCCUUUCUGACGAGCACUCUCGUUCACAAACUCAUCACGACUCCCCACGUCUCCUCGCAGCCUCGUCGUCGAACGGGAAAGAAAACAGCCGGAUCCCCAUCCGCAAGAAGAACGCAAAGACGCCCGUGAAGCCGCUGGGAAGUGGCCUGCCUAGCUCCACACGUCCUCUGACACAGAAGACCAUCCACGGUCCACUCGCUGAGCAGCCUUCCAUGCGUGCCAAGGCCAACAACGGCAUGGAAGCUCGCAGCCACAUCGUGCUCAAAGACAUCACGCCAGUAAAUAAAAAUGUGGCCAAACCGUCCUCGAUCCCCAGGAACACCGCCAGCGCAAAGGAAGGCCUAUCGGACUCGGUUCGCCUCAGGAUGCAAGAAUGCGAGCGGGAGCGAGAGCGGCUGAGGGCGAUGCAACGGGACGAGGAGAAAAAGAACGUAACGGAGCCGGAAUCCCAAAGGCGAGAACGCCAGAUUAGACGCCCCGAGGACAAUCUCCUGCUGCAAGAGUUGUUCGUACGUGACGAAGAUGAACACGUCCAAGCAGAGCUUGUAGGAGCCGGGGACCAAAGCCAACAAGAUUCAAGGGAAAUAAAAGGCGCCCAGUCCUUAGAGUACGAUGCAGAUCGAGCCGCAUCCACGACGUGCGAGGACGGUCUUUCUACAAUCGGAGCCGUUGAGUCUGCAGAAGGACCAGGCACAUCGCUCUCAGACAAAUCAACGAGAGACUCGAGCUUGAGUCUCCUCAAGCAGAGCCUGAAGUUGUCACUCCGUAGGGCCAUAGCGCCGUCCAAGGCCUCAAUGAAGGCUUUGAGACUACGUGAUGCAACUAGCUGCUUGCCUUCUCAGCCGGACAAUGAAGUGUAUUCGUCCCUAUCGAAUAUGCGUGACGCCCCGAAAUUCGCGCAAUCAGCAUCCACAAGCCACCUUGAUCGCAUGACCAGUUGGAUACGCAGCGUUGAAAAGGUGGUAGAAGAUGCGCGACAGAAAUUCGCCGUCUACCCAAAUAACGCUGUUCCACUUCUGUCUCUUCCCAUUGCGCCUACCUCGAGGCGCACUUCGAUUACCCGCUCUGCCCCAUUACUGCGCACGCCUCGCAAUAUUCCCGCGGUCAACACGAUCUUUAUCCACCAGCAGCAUGAGGUGCACACGACGCCUCUGGAACAGCCGAGUCCCACGACCGCUAGCUUCUGUGAACGAGCAAAUAGUGUGUCCGUGGUAUAUUCUACGAAUGAUCGAUGCAGCACGCCUCCCACGAGUCUUCCCAACUCUCCGUGCUCUAUCGUCGCUUAUCAGAACGAUGACUUGCCCGAGAGCGUUCCUGGAAGACGGCGAGUAGCCUCAGAGAAUCUUAUGUCCAGACCAGCCUUCGCAGGGAUCCAUUUGGACGCCUACUCCGACUCCCUAUCCAAGCGUAGGGAGAGGUCAAGAUCACAGAAUGACCUUGCCGCUCCUAUCACUCCGGUGAGCAAACUGGAACUCGAGAUCGAAAAACUUGCCACGAACCCUCGUCCUCGCCGGCUUUCCGAGGUAGUCGACAGGAAUGUAUUCAUUGCCUCUUCGUCUAAGGCUAUUCUGCAAAAUUCGGAUACGCCACAUCAUGUCGAUUCAUCGAACUCCCUUCAUCCACCUGCAACCUUUCGAACAGAUGCUGCUAACGGGCAUGAUGAUGAGAACCCCGAAUGCUCCCAUGCGUCGACGGUUGAGGAACGUCAGCCCUAUCAUACUUGGUCGAUCAAGGACACAUCAUCACCAAUCUCUAGGCAGAGCCAGCAGCUUGUGUCUCCAGACGCCACAUCUAAGCUGACAACGCCCCCACCGCAUUCCAGCGGCCGCUGUUGGGGGUCUGGCUCCGCAGAGCAUAGUAUCUCGACUAUGUACCCAAGCAAUCGAAACUCUGUCAACCUCGAUACCCCGGGCAAAAAAGUUGCUAUCAUGAUGCGGAAAGCUUUCAAGGCAAUAACCCUCGGGAAGUCUGGAGUUGGAAUGUCAGCGCCUACCUUGCCUUCGGACUCGGACUGUUUUCACACUUUGUCUGCGCAUGCUUGCUAUCGUUGUCGUGGAUUGGUUUUAUUUAAUGCUGUCUGUGUUCUCGAUUGCCUUGACAGCCCUGUACUGAUGCUUCUUUCACUCCGAAUCCGAUUUCCAUUUACGUAUAAGAAUGAUGGUAGAGGAUAGAGGAAUAUCAUUCAGAGGUAAUCUGCCGUCGGCUAGCAAUAAUGUACAGCGAGCAAAGUC